AUAAUGAGAAGGAGACUGAUAGAGAGCGCGAGCAAUCACAUCGAAGUAGAAGUCAUUCAGAAAGACAUCAUGACGAGCAAGUUGGAGAGAGAAGUCGGGAUAGGGCGGAGAACAAGGAAAUGGAAAGGGAGAGGGAACAUAGAGAAAACAGAUAUGCUAGAGAAAUCUUCGGGUGGUGAUUCUGGCAACUGAGCCAGGCUCAGGUCACGGGUUAAAAUGUUCCUUUCUAGACUCUCUGGAGGUCUUAACUGGGGUGUGGUAUCAGUUUUAUGAUUUUGGUUGUCCUCCACCUCUGAUCUUAGUUGUUAAUUAUAUUCAUUCUGUUGCAGAAAUGCUGGUGAGGGAUUGAUGGGCUUUGCUUAACAGAAGCACUUCAUAAUCCGAUGCUUGUGGAAAAUCAUUAUUCAGUUGGCUGCAUGAUUGGCCAUAUAUAUAUAUUUUUUGCAGGCCAUGUAAACAAUAGAAAGAUGGUGUCUGAAUAUAUGUUAUAAAGUUACUUGAUUCUUUGUACCAAGUGUUGUCUCCAUGGGAGGUCUUUUGUACAGUUCAAGUUUAACCAUUUCUAUGGUCCUUUUUAUACUGCCGUCUAUUUCGACUCUUAUGAGCAACAUUGCAACUGAGUGGAAAUUUUUAUAAAGGAGCUUUUGUUUCAGCCCAUGUUUUUAUGUCCUAUAGAAUUCCUUGUUUUCCUGGUAUAACCUUCUUCAACAGUUAUAUUGGCAAAGGGGUUGGAAAUCUAACUUCCAAAUAUCAACUUGAAUUGCGACCUUACAUCUGUCUCAUACUCAAAUUGAUUUGUCAUCCUAGAGGUCUAACGUUAAAACUAAUAUAUUUUGAUCAUGAUUUUUGGGGUAGAAUAAUUGUCUUUUCUUUACUUUGCGACUUAAGUUUGAUAAGCCUUAACUGGUUAUUAUUAUCACAUUGAUUUGUGAUAGUUGCAUUCUGCAGUAUAUUUCAGAGGUGAGAUUUUUUCCUCGGUUCAUAGCAGUUUGCUUACGACAAAGUAGUCCAUGCAUUUUUCGAGUCUUAUAGUCAGUAUGUUGUUUUGUUUUUUCAUCUUGUGUCUGUGUUGUUAUUUUUUUUUGGCUGCUCAAUGCUUAUUCCUUUUUCUGCUGAGCUGCAUUGACUUCCUUCUGUGUAAUGGUGAUGAGAAGUCAAGUACAUUAAGUUAUGUUUGGUCCUUAAGAAAAAAAGAAAAUUUUGUUUCAGAUUUCAGUUGGUUUUUUGGUCUUCUUAGGCCUGCUAAGCAUGUGUCUCUUUUCUAAUGGGUAUAAACUUUUAGCAGGUUCCGCACCUGACAUGCUUUCAACUAAUAAUGUUCUCCUCCUAGUGCCUUUAUAUGACUCUAUGAUGUUGUUCCAUUUGAAGAUUAGGUUGUUUGUAGAAGGGGCAAAUCAGUUAGUAAAUCAUUGCCUGAAGUUGGAUUACAUAUUUCACUACUUGGUCCAAUCUUCCACUUUCUUUUAAUUGUUUUCCAGGUUGGUUCUCACUAAAUUUCUGAAAAAGAUGUUAUAAUUCCAGCUGGCAUAGAUUGGUCCCAUCAUAUGAACAAUUGGUGCACUUGCCUGCAGGAUUAUGUUAGAUGGGUUUGGCAAGUCAUUAUAAACCUACUGGAGAAAAUUUUCUGUCCUUUUGGAAUAAAUGUUUUGUUUGUUUCUUUUCUUUCUUCCUUUCUUCUUUCUCUUUUGCUUAAUAACAUGAGGAAUUUCACUGUCGAAGUAGUUUCAUUUUAGAGGAGCAAAUGAAUUUUACAAAGUUGUGGUUCAUCUUGAUCAUUUUGAUACACCCUUCUCUAACAAACGGAGAGUAUGGGUGAAGAAAGGUGGAUAGUAUUUGAGGUUAUUAUUUUCUGCAGGCGGCAUAAAGAGAAAAAGGAAGAAGUGGCUCAGCCGGAGGCUGAUCCUGAACGAGAUCAGCGGACUGUUUUUGCUUAUCAGAUAUCUCUGAAGGCAGAUGAAAGAGAUGUGUACGAUUUCUUCUCAAGAGCUGGCAAGGUGAGAGAUGUACGACUUAUAAUGGACCGUAAUGCAAGGCGUUCCAAGGGAGUUGGGUAUAUUGAAUUUUUUGAUGCCAUGUCAGUGCCAAUGGGAAUAGCACUGUCUGGCCAGCCCCUUCUUGGUCAGCCAGUGAUGGUUAAACCAUCAGAAGCUGAAAAAAAUCUGGUUCAGUCUACCACAGCCACAGCUGGGGCAACAGGUGGGGGUAUAGGCCCAUAUUCAGGGGGUGCCAGAAGGCUUUAUGUUGGCAAUCUGCAUAUUAACAUGAAAGAAGAUCAACUUCGUCAGGUUUUCGAACCAUUUGGUGCCGUGGAGCUGGUGCAGUUGCCUACUGAUGAGUCUGGGAAUUGCAAAGGUUUUGGUUUUGUUCAGUUUGCACGUCUUGAAGAUGCUAGAGCUGCACAGAGUUUAGAUCAACUGGAAAUUGGUGGUCGGGCAAUAAAGGUUUCAGCUGUUACUGAUCAACCUGGAAUGCAAGAUUUUGGAACUAAUGCUGGUGAUUUUGAUGAUGAUGAAGGCGGUGGUUUGGCUUUAAAUGCACGGUCACGGGCACUCCUUAUGCAGAAGUUGGAUCGUAGUGGUUCUACUGCAAGCGCUGCUGGUUCUCUAGGCAACCCUGUUGUUAACAGCCCUGGUUUUGCGUUGCCUACAGGGCCAAUUCUUGUUGCCGCACCCACAGUUCCUCCACUUGCAGGAUUGCCGGGUGGAGAUCUUUCAGUUCCUCCUAUUACUGUUCCUUCUGUUGAUAUUCUUGGUGUCCCUAGCGAGUGUCUAUUGUUGAAGAACAUGUUUGACCCGAAAUUAGAGACGGAACCAGACUUUGAUCUGGAUAUUGAAGAAGAUGUUCGAGAUGAAUGCUCAAAGUUCGGAGCACUUAAACAUAUCUAUGUCGACAAGAAUACUGCUGGGUUUGUAUACUUGCAUUUUGAAAAUACACAAGCUGCAAUAGGUGCACAGCGUUCUCUCCAUGGGAGAUGGUUUGCUGGCAAGAUGAUCACUGCAACAUUCAUGGUGCCCCAGAACUAUGAGGCCAAAUUCCCUGACAGCAGAUAGUAUGGCGGAUUGUAAUAUUGAUUUCCUUGUUGUGUUCCAUUUUUUUCCAGGGUAGAGCAACCCUUGUGUACUUUAUUUGAAGGCGCGACUGUCGCUUGCAGCUGAAAUAUGACUGGCUGCCUAUUUGGACACAGAAAUGAGUCGUUAUAAGUUUUCAAAAAAUUAAGGAUACUGUUUGAGAUUGGGAUUUCUUAGAUAUUGAUAUCAAUCAUGAUUUUAGUUGCGUAUA